AUGAAAUGUCACAUUGAAGACAAACCAAGAGAUCAUCGAAAAUACCCUCAGAAGGUAUGUAAAUGCAAAGAAUGUGGGAAGGUAUUCUUUUCUCCCACUGCUCUCAUAACACAUGAAAGGAGUCACACUGGAGAGAAACCCUAUGAAUGUUUACAAUGUGGAAAAGUUUUUUUAUAUCAAAACUCUUUGCAACAACACAAAAGAACUCACACAGGGGAGAAACCCUAUGAAUGUAAGAAAUGUGGGAAAGCCUUCUUUUGGCUUAGAAGUCAUGAAAGGAAACACAAUAGAGAGAAACCCUAUCAAUGUAAGCACUGUGGAAAAGUCUUUAAAAGUCCUGAAAGUGUUCCAGUACAUGAAAGAAUUCACAUGGGAGAGAAACCCUAUGAAUGUAACCAGUGUGGGAAAAACUUCAAUACUUUGAGUUCCUUAAAAGCACACAAAAUAGUUCACACAGGAGAGACACAAUAUUGCAUGCAGUGUGGGAAAGCCUACAGAUUUAAGAAUAGCCUCCAGAAACACAUGAUAAGACACACUAGAGAUAGCCCUUAUAAAUGUAAGGAAUGUGAGAAAGCAUUCAUUCAUUUCAGUUCUCUUAAAAUACAUGAAAGGAGUCACACUGGAGAGAAACCCUAUAAAUGUUUACAAUGUGGAAAAGUUUUUCAAUAUCAAAACUCCUUCCAAGAACACAAAAGAACUCACACUGGAGAGAAACCUUAUGAAUGUAAAGAAUGUGGGAAAGCCUUCAUGUGGAAACACCUCGCGGUCAGUAACAUAUCUGGGGAUACCCAGAGUCUGGAUUCUUCUGGGUCCUCAGUACCCUCGGGGUCUCAGCGGAAAGGUUGGCCCCCGACUCACCUCCUGCAGCCCUUCUUCUCCCUCCGAUUGUGUGGUGACAUUGUGCGCGGUCUUAGGAUGACUACGGGGACUUUUCUCCAGGGUCUGGACGUGGGAUUAGCCGUUGUCUGA